AUGAAAGAGGGUGAGAAGGUGGACAACUAUGUCUCAAGAACCUUAACCGUGGUGAACAAAAUGAAGGUACAUGGAGAACGAAUGGAGCAGAAUGUGGUGGUUGAAAAAAUCCUGAGGUCUAUGACAUCCAAAUUUAAUUAUGUUGUGUGUUCGAUAGAAGAGUCAAAUGAUCUUAGCACCAUGAGCAUUGAUGAACUUCAUGGGAGUCUGUUAGUUCAUGAACAACGGAUGCAAGGGUAUCAAGAGGAAGAGCAGGCGUUGAAGAUCACCUAUGAAGAUAAGGCAGGAAGAGGAAGGGGUACAUCAGUGUUUAGAGGAGGUCGAGGCAGAGGAAUGGGAAGACAGCCCUUGAAUAAGGCUAUCAUCGAAUGCUUCAAGUGUCAUAAGUUGGGACACUAUCAGUAUGAGUGUCCGGACUAG